UCAUAAUUUGGGUGUAUUCCUAGAUUCAUUUUUAUCAGUGGAUAAGCAGCUGGCCAGGAGUGCCUUCUAGCAAUUAGACUGGUUUGCCAACUUCAACAUUCAUGGAAAAAGUUGACCUGGCCACAGUCACAUGAGUGGUGGUUAAAGGAUUAGCCCCCUGUAUGGUAGCAUAAAAGGGCUGCCUUUGAAGAUGGGCUAGGACUACUCCAAAUGUCAAUGGCCAGGAUUCUUACCAGUCUUGCCUAGGGAAGCUAAAAGUACAGUAUGUACCCAGGCUCUCAAGGCAGCUUUUGAGUCCAUUUCAAAGUCCUCUCUAAAGCUGAACAGCUUGGGCCCAAUGUAUUUGAUGGGUCACCUGUUGUCAUGUGAACCUCCCUGGGAUCUGAGAUCAGCUGGUGGGGCCUUGCUUCACUGCAGUGAGGAUGAUGUGAGCCUUUUGCAUAGCUUGUGAAAACCGGUUUGGAAUUGGAUAGGUUUUUAGUCCCUGCACUGAGACCUUUUGUAUGUAUACUGCUAUUUUUAGAUGUAUGGCUGGCUUUUAAAAAGUGAUCUUAUCUGUUUAUUUUCCUGACACAGCAGUUUGUAUUGUUCUAACUGGCACACUAUUCUAUUUGAUAAUUAUAACUAAUAUAGAGAUUUUAAAAAUCCAGUAAAUUAUACAAUGCAUUAAUUUCCAAAGCAAUGAGAUUAGGGGAACGUUCAAGACUACAUCAAUAGCCAUCAGUCCUUGGCUUCAGGUACAGCUGCUAUGAGCUAGGCUGUUGGUAAAUGGAUGCUCUUCUGCCAGGACCUCCUUGCAAUACCAAAAUGGAAAGCCCCAAGAGUCUCUGGCCAGUCAAGGAAGAAUCUGCUCUAUAAAAGUCCUCCACAUCCAGAAGAGUGACACGGUCUUCUUGUAAACAAGCACAGAGAUGGAACAUCUGAACUAGAGGAGCAACCCCUAAUCCAUUGCAGCACAUAUUCAAUCACUUCCCAUCUCAAGACAGUGUCAGAGAUGGGAAAGGCCUGCCUGCUUCUCUUGCUUCUAAAGACAUGUGGAAUUCAAAUGGAAGAGGAACCAAGGAGCCACCAUGACUGGGAGACUCAGUGGAAAGGAAACACCACUCAAUUCUCGAGUGAAGCUUGGAAGCAACGACUACCGCAGAGUAUAAUUAUAGGGGUACGGAAAGGAGGCACGAGAGCCCUACUAGAGAUGCUGAGUCUACAUCCCCAAGUAGCAGUUGCCAAUUCAGAAAUGCAUUUCUUUAACCUGGAUGAGAAUUACAACAAGGGGUUGAGUUGGUACAGCCAGCAGAUGCCAAUUUCACACUCUGGUCAAGUCACUAUAGAAAAGACACCUGGCUAUUUCUCUUCCUUAAAGGCUCCAGAAAGGAUCCAUGCUAUGGACAGCUCUGUGAAGCUCCUGCUUAUUGUCCGGGAUCCUGUAGAAAGGCUGGUGUCCGAUUACACUCAGAUCCUGCACAACCGCAAGGCACAGCACAAGCCCUAUCAGUCCUUGGAGCAGAUUCUCUUGAAGAAUGGCCGGGAACUCAACACCAGAUACAAGGCCAUGCAGCGGAGUCUCUAUGCUCUGCACCUGGCUCGAUGGCUAGAAUUCUUUCCCAGGACCCAGAUUCAUGUCGUGGAUGGAGGUGGCCUGAUCCGGGAGCCACUCUCAGAAAUGAGCCAAGUAGAACGCUUCUUAGGACUGGAGCCUUACCUAGGCCCAGACAACUUUUACUUCAACCAAACUAAGGGCUUCUACUGCCUGCAGGCCAGAGGGCAUCAGCACUGCCUGGAUCAAUCUAAAGGACGACCUCAUCCUGCUAUAGAUGAACUACUGCUGGAACAACUCUGCACAUAUUUCAGUGAGCACAAUGAAAACUUCUUUGCCAUGGUGGGACGGACCUUCAACUGGUGCUGAGCCCUGCCUAGAGGCUUGCUAAGAUAGGAUGUAGAGUAAGGUCUCUAGGGACAGGGCUUCUAUGGUACAGGGUUGUUCCUUUUUCUAUCCAAUGAACUGUAAAUAGACCACUACAAUAGAGAAGCAUUUCCGUGGUCCAUGAGCCUUGAGGGGAAUUGCAGAACAGGAAAUAGUUUAUACAAUGGGGAACAGAAUCCCCUUUAUUUGUUCAGAGCCUUUUAAUACAAUUGUUGACUAUUCUUUCCAGAUCCACAGCAAGUUAAGACUAUGAGGCUCCCGUUUUAUAUAUUUAGAUGCCACAUUCUAGGUUACCAGAGAUUCAACCCGCAUUACGCUUUGAGGUCUAUUUAUUUAUUUCCAGCAAUCGUGUGAUAGGAAGCAGAAGAUGCAAACCCAUUUGUUGUUUCCUCAUUCUGUCCCUUACACCAUAAGCAACUGUAGGAACUGUAUCUCAACUAUUCAGCUCUAUUCCAUUUCAUGCUCACUGCUGCAAAUCAUGCAGUUCUACUGGUUUUCAACAGAGGGCAGCACUUCCUCAUGCAAUAACACUUCUCUGAGUAUGAUCUGGGUUGUUAAGACAGUAUGCACAAUUGUAAAGACCCUAUCAUAUAUACAGCUAUUCUGCUUUUAGUGUGGCAUAUGAAAUUGCUAUCUUAUACAGACCAUCUAACCCAGUAUUGUCUACACAGGCAGCAGCUUUCUAAACAACCUCAGCAGAAGACUGUUCCCGAUUCUGUUAUCCAAGCUCCUCUAAUUGGAGAUACCAUGGAAUAAAACUUGGGACAUUCUAUACACAAGGGAACUACUGCUGUACUGCAGCCUCUUGCUUUUUGCAGACGGGACACAAUGCUGAAAAUUGCAGAAAGGUUCCUUCAGGCAGCCUUCACAAGGUAGCGCAAAUUCCUUAUCACAGUCCUCAUAAAAAUGUCAGUGUUGCAUUUGUGAAUGUGAAGCCUGUAAUGAACAGCACAUGCAUCAGUCUGAAUAGGAGACUAUAAGGGAGGGACUUGGUUACAGCAUGUUUGCUCAAGUCCCUUUAACUGGGACUCCACUCCCAUGUUAACUGUGCAUGGGAUUAUGGCUUUUCCCCAGCCUUGUGCACUUUCUGGAUGGGAAAGGAGAAGCUACAACAGUGUUCCUACCAUCCAGCCUUUGAACUUCAGCUUCAGGCCUCUCUUUGAACAAAAUCAGAUAGGAGCUACUGGAAGAGAAUAUCCUGGAACCCCUGUGGACUCAACUGCAGAUGUAGCUGUUCCUGUGGAAGCCCAUUCACUUGCAACCCUGGCUCUACCUUUCUUUGUGAGGAACCAAAUAUGAUUUCUGCAGGAGAGACAGGUUCAGAACAAAAGGGAACUGGAAAACUUGAGAUGUACCAGUGACUGCUGAAGGAUUCUUAUACUUUUACACUAUUUUCCCUGAUGCCUUUUUUUCAGAGAGUAAAGGUGUAAGAAAGGCAUCAGAGAAAGGCUCCAGAUCUACUCUUGAAAAGCUGACAAACUCAGUAUCAUUGCUCAUGACCAAUCUACACAUGUAGGAGAAAGUAAUACACUGCUUAAUUUGGCAGUUUGCAACAGGCUCUUGGUCUUCAACCCACAAUAAAAGACAACCCUUCAGUCCAAUCUUCUCUCCAUAAAGAUGCAAACAACAUAAAGAUUUCCUUUCUUUUCUAUUUGUUAGAGAAGCAGUCCCUUCUAAGUGUAGAAUUCACAGAUGUUCAUAGCCUGUCAAGAGACAGAAAGUAGCCUGUCAUAGCCUGUCAAGAGACAAGCUAUGUCAAGUAGCAUGUUCAUAGCCUGUCAAGAGACAGAAAGUAGCAUCCUUACUCCUGAAGCUGGACAAGCAGUCUUGUUUGUUUUAGUUGUUUAUUGUUCCAUAGGAGUGCCAUUCUUGGAACUCAGUCAAUAAAUACCCUAUUACAAUCUAUACUUCCCUAUUGAAAUAUGCCAGUUUUCUAAUGUACAAUACCAUGUUGUUAUACCACUUGCACCUUUUAGAAAGAGAAGCUUCUGAAAAAUAUCAGAACGUUCAAUUUUGCUGUCUCAUGUACACCAACACAACUCCUUCCCAGCUUGCCUGCCACCACAGGCCUCUUCUUGCUGCUUCUGGAAUCCAUAUCUGUAUUCACAAGGGCUAUUUGUCCCUCCUUGACUGUAGCUUAGCAUUAAUUUUAAACAUUCAUUCUGAAAACAUUAUGGUGGACAGAAAUCAACACUACUGCCAGAAAUAGAGAUGCAACUAAGCCCCACUUUAUAUGGCCGAAUUUAUUCAGAAAGUCUCUUCCCAAAGGGAAGUUCCUACAAGGCUCUAACUUAAAAACUGCAUCUUCUGUAGUAGUUUCAAUUCAUGGUGCUUCUGGACAUUAUUUUUGGACUGAAACCAUAAUUCAAGAGUUUAUACAGAUUUACUUAAGGACAGGCACUGGCAUGCCAGGAACUCAAGCAUAAGUAUUUAUAAAAUUAAAGUCUCGUUUUGUCAUUAUAAUUUGUCACCACUGUGCCUGAAAUUGCACUGUAUGAACAAGCUUGAUUAAUAGCAUCUGUAGGAACAUUAAUUCACAAAGCUUACUGAUAUGUAUAGUCAGUCCCAAAGAUAUUAUACUGUAUAUGGGGGCCAAACUAUAAAUUAGUAAUCAAUUACCAAUAAAGUUGCCAUUAUAAUCAUGGCCACUCUGUAGAAGCACUUACUUUAAUGCAUUUAAUGAUGUUAAUUUGUGUACCAAGCCCUUUAUAACUAGUGAGUAAUUGAGAACAUAGCUUUUGCAAUCUGACACCUGUGUAAAAGUGUUGCAUUAUUAAACUACAUAUUCUUCUAGCUUAAAUUAAAUUCUGGCCUUUGAUUCCACAAGGCUACCUCAAUUGUUUAGGUCAAAGAACAAGGCAAGCCAAGACAAUCAUGAACAUGGCCAUGUUA